CGUGUGGAUUAUGACUGGAAGUAGCUAUACUUAACACUACUUCGCUUGGCUUUUUACCUCACUUUCAGGCGGCACAAAUUGUUUGUAUUUGUGUCAGUCCAACCGUAGAUAACGUUAUAGCUAGAAGACGGUCUUAUAUCGCUGAAGAUGUCAGUGGUGGGAUUUGACUUGGGCUUUCAAAGCUGCUAUGUAGCUGUAGCCCGAGCCGGAGGCAUCGAGACAGUCGCUAAUGAAUACAGCGACAGAUGCACGCCCUCAGUCCUAUCGUUUGGGCCACGCAAUCGAUCCGUAGGAGCAGCUGCAAAGAGCCAGGUGGUGACCAACUGUCAGAACACGGUGCAGGGCUUCAAGCGGUUCCAUAGCAGGGCGUUCUCAGACCCUUAUGUCCAGUCGGCCAAGUCUAACCUGGUGUACGACCUGGCGAAGAUGCCUUCAGGAGCCACCGGGAUAAAAAUCAUGUACAUGGAGGAGGAGAGGGUGUUCAGCAUCGAGCAGGUCACCGGCAUGCUGCUCACCAAGCUGAAGGAGACGGCCGAAAAUGCACUGAAGAAACCAGUAGCAGACUGCGUCAUCUCGGUCCCGAGUUAUUUCACUGACACAGACAGGAGGUCUGUCAUGGACGCAGCGCAGAUCGCCGGCCUCAACUGUCUGCGGCUAAUGAACGAGACCACUGCAGUGACUCUGGCGUACGGCAUCUACAAGCAGGACCUGCCGGCUGCGGAGGAGAAGCCCCGGGUCGUGGUGUUCGUGGACGUGGGCCACUCGGGGUACCAGGUGUCCAUCUGCGCCUUCAACAAGGGAAAGCUCAAGAUCCUGGCCACGGCCUUCGACUCCGAGCUGGGCGGGAAGGCCUUCGACGACAUCCUGGUCCAACACUUCUGUGACGAGUUUGGGAAAAAGUACAAUCUGGACGUGAAGACCAAGCCGCGGGCGCUGGUCCGGCUGCAGCAGGAGUGCGAGAAGCUCAAGAAGCUGAUGAGCGCCAACUCCUCCGACCUGCCGCUCAACAUCGAGUGCUUCAUGAACGACAUCGACGUCUCCGGGAAACUCAACAGAGGUCAGUUUGAGGAGAUGUGUGCGGGGCUGCUGGCCAAAGUCGAGGGUCCCCUGCGCAGCGUCAUGGAACAAGCCAAGCUGAAGAAGGAAGACGUCUAUUCGUUGGAGAUUGUGGGCGGGGCCUCCAGAAUCCCGUCCAUCAAAGAGCGAAUCAGCAAAUUCUUCGGCAAGGAGCUGAGCACCACGCUGAACGCGGACGAGGCCGUGGCCAGAGGCUGCGCUCUGCAGUGCGCCAUCUUGUCUCCAGCAUUCAAAGUCCGGGAGUUCUCCAUCACGGACAUCGUCCCCUACUCCAUCUCUCUGAAGUGGAAUUCGGCUGCAGAGGAGGGACUGAGUGACUGUGAGGUCUUCCAGAAGAACCACGCUGCUCCCUUCUCCAAAGUGUUGACCUUCUUCCGGAAAGAGCCCUUCACCCUCGACGGUUACUACAACAACCCCAAGGAGCUGCCCUACCCCAACAGCGCCAUAGGCCAGUUCCUGGUCCAAAACGUGGUCCCUCAGGCGUCUGGGGAGAGCUCCAAAGUCAAGGUGAAGGUUCGGGUCAACGUCCACGGCAUGUUCAGCGUGUCGAGCGCCUCGCUCAUAGAGGUCCUGAAGGUCGCCGAGGGGGAGGAGCCCAUCGAGACGGACCAGCCGGGGAAAGAAGAGGAGAACAAAAUGCUCGUGGACCAGGAGGAUCAUAAAGUCCAGGUUGGCGACAACGGAGACAACAAAUCGGAGGUGGAGGAGAUGGAGACGACAGAAGACGGCAAGCAGGCGAAGAAGACGGACCAGCCGCCGCAGGCCAAGAAGCCCAAAGUGAAGACGAAGACUGUGGAGCUGCCCGUCGAGAACCAUCUGCACGGCCAGCUGUCGGACGACGUCCUCAACAUGUCCGUGGAGAACGAGGGGAAAAUGAUCAUGCAGGACAAGCUGGAGAAGGAGAGGAACGACGCAAAGAACAACGUAGAAGAGUACGUGUACGACAUGAGGGAUAAGCUGCAUGGCGCCCUGGAGAAGUUUGUGAAUGAGGCCGACCGUGACAUAUUCUCCUUGAGGCUGGAGGACACAGAGAACUGGCUGUAUGAAGACGGAGAGGACCAGCUGAAACAAGUGUACAUCGACAGGCUGACUGAACUCAAGAAAAUGGGCCAGCCAAUCUACGAGAGGUAUUUGGAAGCCGAGGAGAGACCGAAAGCUUUCCAGGAGCUCGGCAGACUGGUCCAGAUGUACAUGAAGAUCAUUGAAGCCUACAAGGCGAAGGACGAGCUGUACGAUCAUCUGGACGAGCUGGAAGUGACUCGGGUGGAAAAGGAGGUGAAGGAGGCCAUGAACUGGAUGAACAGCAAGAUGAACGAGCAGAACAACCAGGACCUCACCCUGGACCCAGUUGUCACCGUCGGAGAGAUCCAGGCCAAGAUAAAGGAGCUCUACUCGGCCUGUAACCCCGUGGUGUCCAAACCGAAGCCCAGGGUGGAGCCCCCCAAGGAGGAGAAGACGGACAACGGGCCCGUGAACGGCCAGGAGGAAACCGGGCCCAGCGACUUGGACAUAGCCCCGUCCGCGGCGGGCAUGGAGCAAGGAGCGGCGGAGAGCAAGCUCCCGGAAAUGGACAUGGACUAAACGCCACGGCUGCACGCCGUCUGUCCUGCUGCGCGCAACCGACUGUCGUUCUCCCGAGGGUUUCGUGCAGAGGACAGCGUCCCAAAUUCAUCGUGUUCGUCGGCCUCGUCGGCAUGUCGCGUCUCCUUUUUUUCUUUUGACGAAUAAAAAAAAAUAUAUUGCAUCCUAUUAAUAUUGAAUAGACGAAGAAAGCGAUCGGCGUCGUGCGGGAACUGCUUUCUGCGUGUUGCUUUCACGGCCGUUAUGUUCAAAGAUGUGUUCAGGAUCUCCCCGGCACAUCUACGCUAAGAGCGUCUGAUUUUAAGAAUCGUUAGCAAAGUGGCCGCGCAGAAGAAAACUAGCAACACACACACGAGUCGUGAUAAUGUAAAAUAUAAUAUGUUUAAAUAGGUCCAGAGGCAUGUGUAAAAGAACACAGAUUCCAAGUUGUACAUGACUUCAAGUAACUAACGGCUGGUUUAUGAUGUAUUUAGUUUCAAGUUGAGGCGUUUUUAUGAGUUAACUUGUCUUGUAUGUGGACACUAGGUACUAUGAGUUUCUGUCAUGCAGUAUUUCAUUGUUUUGGCUUUUCUCAUUCAAAAAGCAAAAAAAGGUCUGUUUUGGUUCUCUGGUAGCAUUGUACUGUUUUUUCUUCUUCUACUAAUUUAACAGUUUGAACGGUUGUCCGGGGGCUGCUGUUGUUGCCGCAUCACCAAAAAAAAGCAAAAAUAAAUCUUGGAACAAAACAAUGAA